AUGGGAAACACGCUCUCCGCAUACAAGACUUCUGAAUGCGAGGUUGAACUCGCUGGAGACAGAGGCAGAAUCAAAGGUCUGCAGUUCGAUAGCAAGUCACGACGCUUUGCAAACGUCGCGUAUGCUCUCCCACCAAUUGGUGAUCGAAGAUGGCGCAAACCACAGCCGUUGCCGCAGUCGUACUCAUACUCAACAGAAGGACAGCCCUUCGAUGGGACUAAGUUUGGCCAAGUGUGUCUGCAACCAAAUUACUCUGCUUCAGUGAAGAAAAACAUUACUCAGCAUGAGUUUGGGGAAGACUGCCUUCGGCUGAACAUCUGGACACCGGUAUCCAAGGAUGAGAACGCGGCGCCAUGGCCUGUCAUGGUGUGGUUCCACGGCGGCUGGUUCCAGAUGGGCGACCCAAGUCAUGAGGCGUCAAUGGAUCCAACAGAAUUGAUUUCUACCGGAAAACUCAACGCCGUGUUUGUUGCGGUGGGCUAUCGACUGAAUGUGUUUGGUUUCCUUGCAGGAGCUCCUUUGCAAGAAGAGGGCGGAGAAGGAGAAGUUGGAAACUACGGACUAUGGGACCAGCGACUGGCCAUGGACUGGGUUUAUGAGAACAUCAGUGUAUUCGGAGGAGACCCCGAGAAUAUCACGCUCUCGGGAAGGAGCGCAGGUGCUUAUGCUGUACAGGCACAGACGCUCUAUGAUUUUCGGGGUUCUCUGCCUGAUGCUUCCAAGAAUCGGUUCCGUCGACUGGUGAUGUAUUCAAAUGCGAUCCCAACCCAACCUAAGAUGCCCGAGGAUUGUCAACCGCAGUUUGACGAGCUAUGCGAGUACUUUAGGAUCCCUUCAACAAGCCCAGGGCCAGAGAAGCUGAAGCGUUUGCGUGAGAUAAGCGCGCUGGAUUUGCGCGACGCCAUCAUGAAGCUCAAACACCACACAUUUCGUCCUGUCACUGACGGCAUUUUCAUACAUCCGAAAAUUUUUGACUACUAUCGUGACGGCUCGUUCGCACAAGAGUUUAAGCGACGUGGGUUGCGAAUAUUCAUCGGCGAGGUCAUGAAUGAGGAGACAUUAUAUGCCGUAACCAACGGACCAGAGGCCAGCCGUGAAUCUCUCGAGACACAGAUCUCGAAUUAUUACUCACUAUCUACCACUUGGCGCUUGCUUCAGCACUAUCCACUGCCUGACUCGGAUCAGAGGAAGGAUUGGGAAGCAGUGUUUGGACAGAUUAUAUCGGACGGGCAGGUCAGGGCACCCUCGCGGUUCCUUGUCAACAACCUUUUAGAGAAUGGCGUGAAUAUUCAGGAUGUCUGGCGGUAUAUAAUUGCAUAUCGAUUGUCUUUCAUCACAGAAAAUGUGGCGCCCGCCUCGUUCGGAGUCAGUCAUGCCAUGGAUCGGCCAUUCUGGAAUUACUCUAUUAUGCACGGGCCAUCGCAAACAGAGUACAACCUUAUGAACGACUGGAUCCGUGAUCUGGUGGCGUUUGUCCAUAACGAAAUGGAGUACAAGUAUGGAACCAGCAAGGGAGACGAGGUUAAGGUUGCGACGCCAUCCGGGGAAAUCGAGAUUCAACCUGAUUCUCGAUGGAGAGAACUGCUUGACUUGAUGGAAGUGUUCGCAGGGUCCGUUUGA